AUGUCUAUCCUGCAAAAAAUAUACAGUAAUUAUAAAAAUGAAGAGAACAAAGAAAGUUGUCUGAAUGAUGACAUGUAUUCUUAUAAAUUAGAAAAUAAUUAUAUAAAAAGUAAGGAUAAUUCUAUUAAUAAUUAUAAUCCUAAAAAUACGUCCAAAAGAUUAUACGAUGAUCGAGUUGAAACGUUUGAUACUCUAGAAAAUGUAGAUCAUUUUGAAGAAGAGCAAGAAGAAAAUUCAACAGAAAAAUGGUUGAUUGAAUGUUCACCAAAUUAUUAUAUAUUUGAAAAUUCAAAUAUAGAAAAGGAAAAAGAAGAUAUAAAUAUAAUAAAUAACGCAUGUAUCAAUAAUUCAGAAAAAAACAAUGAACACAUUUAUCAUGAUGAACAUCAAGAGAUUUAUAUAUCCAAAUUAUUUAUAACUUUAUUGUAUAAAAAGUAUUUUUCAAAAAAACAAAAAUGUUAUUCUCCCCUAUUAAAGAUUAAAAAAAAAAAAAAAAAAAAAAGAAUUUAUGACCACCUUUAUAAAAAUGAAUAUAAAAACUCUUUACAUCUUUUUUAUCAUUCAAAUGAUAUACUUAAUAAAAUAAAUGAAGAGCAUGAAAACGUGACAGGUGAUUUUUGUCAUGAUAAUAUAAAAGAAGAGUAUAAUUUAAUAAAUCAUCACAAUAAUAUAAGAUAUAAAAAUAAUAAGGAUUAUAUUAAAAAGAAUGAAAAGAAAAUAGAAAUUUGUAAUACCCUGGAGGAAAAUAAAAGAAAAGAAAUGUACAAAAAUAAAAUUAAUCAUGAGAAGGAUAAUAAGAAUGAUGAAAAGAAUAAUGAAAUGUAUCAUAAGAGUAACAAUAAUUAUCUUUUCAUUUUCCCUAGACUUUUUUCAUAUUCCCAAUAUUAUAGGGAAAAAAAAAUUCUUAGAAAAAUCUACAAAUAUAUAAAAAUAUAUAAAAAUAAGAAAAACAUUAAAUUGUUAAAAGAAAGAAAUUGUAAUUUAAUUACGCUUUCGCAAUUUAUGAAAGAAAGGAAGAAACAAAAAAAAAACAGAAAAUUAUACAAUAAUAAAAUACAUAAUAAAAUACAUAAUAAAAUACAUAAUAAAACACAUAAUAAAAUACAUAAUAAAAUACAUAAUAAUAAUAAUACAAUAUAUGAAAAAUACACAAAUCAAAAUAACUAUAACAGUACAGAUGAAAAACAAAAUUGUUCUAAUGUAAAUAUAUUAGAUGAUAAUAUAAUUUCUGUUGAACGGAAUGAUGAUAAUACAAAUUAUUUAGAAAAUUGCAUGCUUCAAAAUUUAUCUAUGGAAAAUUAUGACCUGGAUUUUCAAUAUAUAAAGUCAAUAUUAAACAGUUGUAAUAUCAUAUUAAAUAAUACGAACAAUAUAUAUACAUUAAAAGAAGAUAAUAAAAUUGAUAACAAAGAUGUUAAUAUAUAUGUGAAACAAAUAAGCAAUUCAUCCAAAAAAAUUAAAUAUAACAAAAUUAUAGACCAUAUAAAAAAUAAUAAUAUAUAUAAUGAUAUUAAUGAUAAAAUAAAUAAUGAUAUUAAUGUUUAUAAAAAUAAUCAUAUUAAUGAUAAUAUAAAUAAUGAUACUAAUAAUGAUAUAAAUAUUUAUAUUAAUAAUAAUAAUUAUAUAAAUAAUAAUUUUAUUACACAUAAAAGAGGUAGACGCUUUAGCGUAAAAAUCAAGAGAGAUAAAAAUAAUCCCAGACAACAUGUAUAUAUUAUUUAUAGAAAGGUUCAUUUAAAAAAAAAACUCCUAAAUAUAAUAAAUAAAAUAUAUAAAAUAAAGAAUUACAAUAAAGUUAUUCAUACAAAUACAUAUACAUUAAAUAAAAAUGCCCCUAUCAAACCAUAUAAACUUUAUUCACAAAGUAAUAGUAAAUUCAUUACAUAUAUGAAUAAAAUUUAUAAUAAUAAAAAAAGAAGAAAAGAAAAAAUUGAUCACAUUUUACAACACACAAACACAACAGAUACACAUAUAAAAAACGUUACAAAUAAUAAUUUAAAAUAUAUGAAUAUGGAAGAUAUAAAUGAAAGUGAUGUGAUAAGUAUCAACAAAAAGAAUAACAUAGAUAAUAAUUUAUUUGUUAAACAAAAUCAAAAUGAUUUAGUUUCAUACAAGGGAAAUCAAAAGGAAUGUAAGAGAAGUGAAGUAAGCAAUUUUGAAAUAAAGCAAAGUAUAGAAUAUAUAAAUAAUGAUAAUAUUAAAGAUAUAAAUAUUAAAUAUAAUAAUAAUAUAAAUAGUAGUAAUGAUCAUAAUAAAGUGAAUCCACUAAAAUUUUUUUUAAAUAAAAAAAAAAUUGUUGAUGUUAUAAAAAUAAGAAAGAAAAAAGAUCAAGUACCCUUGGUAUGCUUUUAUGAUAAGAAUAAUAUAAGAAUUGGAAAGUUUUAUAUAGAAGAGAAUAUAUUACAAGAAUAUUGUAAAUUAUUUGAAAAAUAUUUAAAUAAAAAGGAUAAAGUAUACACUGUUAUCAUUAAGAAGGAUCAUAUUAUAAAAAAAUAUAUAAAUGAAAGUAAAGAUAUGAUAAUGAAUAAAGAAAAUAUGACUGAGUUUAUUGAUUCAUGUUUUACAUUAGAUAAAUUCUUUUGUCUAUUUUCUCUUCUAAAAAUUAAAAAUAAAAUACACAUAUUUUUAAAAGAUAUUAAAAAUAUCAUAUUAGAAAUAAAGAAACUUAUUAAUCAUAUAAAUAAAAAAUUAGAACAAUUUGAAUAUAUAAUUUAUCGGAUAGAAUAUAAAUUAUCUAAUAUGAUAAAUAAUAAUAAUAAUAGUAAAAAUAAUGAUUUAGAAAAUAAUAUAGUUAUAAAAACAUUAAUGAAUAUUUUUUUAAUAAUUACCAAUAUAUAUCGUGAUAUUUGUAAAAAUAUAAAUGAUCAAAGUUAUAACAUUUCUUCAAAUAUAAAAUGUAAUGAAGCGAUUAUCAAAAGUUAUCUUGUUUUUGUUAAAAGGUUCUGUAAAUAUAUUAUAAAGAGUGUUAUAAAUAUAGAAUAUUAUUACAAAAAAAUUAAAAACAUAAAUAUAAAUAAAAUGAAAGAUAUAAAUAAAAUGAAAGAUAUAAAUAAAAUGAAAGAUAUAAAUAAAACGAAAAAUAUAAAUAAAAUGAAAAAUAUAAAUAAAAUGAAAGAUAUAAAUAAAAUGAAAGAUGAUAAUAAAAAGAAAGAUAAUAAUACUAUUAUUAUUAAAAAUAAUCAUAAUGAUAAAAUUUAUGUUCACACAUUUUCACAUCAUAAUCAAAUAUGUUUCUUUUCUCAUAUACAUUCUAGACUUAUUGACCAUUUAAAAAUACGUCAUAACAAAAUAUUAAUUUUUAAAAAAAUACUAGAAGUUUAUUUAAUUGAAAUUACAAAUUUUGCCAAAUAUCAAAAGGAAUAUAAUAAGAACAAAAUAAAUUUGUUCAUAAAUUCUGCAUGUCCAUAUGAAUUAUUAUUAUUCUCAUCAUUAAUAAAAUGUAAUAUUUUAUGUAAUAUAAGUAUAAGAAAUAUAUGUAAUAGUUUACAUAACCAAACAUUUCAGCAAAAACAAUCUAUAUAUAAUAUAUUCCUAAGUAAUAAAAUUAAAAAUAAAAUAUUAACAUGUAUUAAAAAGAGUGUUGUACCAACAAAUGAUAUAAUUGUUAAAUCUCCAAAAAUAAUUUUAAAUAAUUUACAUAUAAAUAAAAAUUGUCAUAUGAAUAAAUUAAAAACGCAUCAAGAAGUAACUAAUUGGAAUUUUUUUAAUAUGGAACAAAUAAAUAAUAAAGAUAAAAAAAAAAAAUUAUCAUAUAAUAAUCUAUAUAAUUAUUCUAAUAUAUUACAUAAACUAAAUUAUAACAAUAUAAAACAGAUUAAAAAAAAAAAAAAAAAAAAUUUAUGUAAACUAAAAAAUAUUAAAAAUAUAUUUAUGGCUAAAAAAAAUUCAUGUCUUUUAUCUAAUAACAUAACAAAUAAUAAUACAUAUAUUUUUUCGAAACUAAAUAAUAAAGUUUUAAUAAAUUAUAAACAUACAUUAGACACUUUAAAAAAUAUAAGAAAAACAAUUCAAAUCAAUAGUAAUCACAAUGAAUAUAAUAUUCAAAAUGAGAUGAACAACUUAACAAAUCAACCAACUAACCAUAAAGAAAAACAAAUACAAAGGGGUGAGAAGGAAACUAAUAAUGAUUAUAAAAAAAGCAAUCACAAAAUUAAUUGUAUUUUUAUGACACAUAAGAAUAAAAAAUAUAUAGUCAAGAAAAAAAUAGAGGCCUUACAAAAUCAAAUAAAAUCAUAUGAAUUCAAAGAUAAAAAAAUAUAUAAAAGUAAUAAAUUGAAUAAAGGGAAUCAUAAUAUAUGCGACCAAAACAAAAUAGAGCACACCAAUAAAUGUUAUAAUAAUAAUAUUAAUGAUGAUACUUAUAAAAAUUAUAAUAAUGAUGAUACUUAUAAAAAUUAUAAUAAUGAUGAUAAUGGAAAUCAUGAAAGUCUAAAAUGUACAGAAAAUAAAACGAACAAUGAAAAAUCUCAUUCCAUUAAGGAUAACAAAAUAAUUCAAGAAAAUAUUAAAAAAAUUAAAGAUUUUGAAAAGAAAUAUAAAAGCAUACAAGAUAAUAAAAAUAAAACAAAAUACAUAAAACAACAACGAGAAUUUAAAUUAAAAAUCAAUACUCGAAAUAAAAAUAUCAAAUUGUUACAAACUAAAAAAUUUAAAAAUGUACACAUUAAAAAUUAUAAAAAAAUUAAUAAAAAGAAUUUUAUAUCUAUAAUUCAUGCAGACAAAAAAGGAAAUAAUACAAGAAUUAAAUUUAAAAUAAAUAAUGAAAAUUUCAAUCAUCCUAAAAUUAUUGAAGAAAAAAAAAAAAUUACUUAUAUUAAAAAUAAAAAAUGUGGUACUCAAUUAGUAAAUACAUAUAAAUUAUUACAACAUAAUAACACAUGUAAUAAUCAAAAGAUAGAAGAAGAAAAUGAAAUUAUAUAUAAUAAUCAAAAAAAUAUAUUAACGUGUAAAUAUUCUAAUACUUUCUCAACCAAAAAUAAACAAAAUAAUAAUUAUCAUAAAAAUCAUUUAAUUAAUCUCUUAACUCAAACAAAUAAAAAUAAACUAUUAUCAUCAAAUAGUUGUGUUAAAUAUAAAUUAUCUGACUUUUCAAAUAAAUAUAAAAACAAUAUUUUUAAUGAAGAAAAAUGUUCGGUACUUUCAAAGAAAGAAAAUAUACAUACACAUCAUAAUCAUCAAACAAAUGAUAUAACAAAUAAGAUAUCCAAAAAUAAAUAUUAUAAUAAUAACACUUCUGAAAAUUAUAAUAAUAUACUAGAGUAUUAUAACAAACACAAGCAUAUAUCUCACAACGAUAAUUACAUAUAUAAUCAACAUGAAGAUAAUAUAUUAUACAACUCUUCAAAUAGUAUGGAAAGUAUAAAUAAUAAAAAAGGAACAAGGAUAAAAAACGUCAAGUUUCAAAAUCAAUAUUUUUUUUUUUAA